AUGGCGCAGGAGCAGCCGCUGCCUCCACGAAUCCCUGUUAUCCACAAUGCAGCCGUCGCGGGGGCCAUCAUUGCGCCUCUGGCCAUGCUCCUGCCGCCGAGGAAGAUGGACGUUCGCUUCUUUGUGCUCGCCGGAGCCUUCUCCCUGGCCACGAACCAGCUCGCCUACGAAUACACUGGUCAAUCCAUCUACUCGCGGUUCGGCGGCCGCGUCGGCUCUGUCUUCGACACCGGGCUGCCAGAGGGCGCCAAGCGGACGCAGCAACUGCUAAAGGAGCAGCGGGAACGAGAAGCGGCCCAGAAGCGAAGCCAAGGGGAGGCCGAGCCAGAGGCGCAAAACAAGCGAGGGCUCAUCAAGGACAUAUGGAUGGGCGGCGAGGCCGAAGACUGGUCCAGGAAACGGGCAGAGGAGCACCAAAAGAGCUUCCAGGAGGGCAAGGGAAUGAGCGAUAUCAUACUCGACCAAAUCAUGCAUGUUUGGAGCGGUGGUGACUCGAAGACGAAGGCCGACGACAGGAUACCGAGCGAUGACGGAGGGUCCGACAAGAAGUGA